CCGCCGUGCAAUUUGACAAAACAUAUUAUUAAAGUGCAUCGAAUAACAAUAAACACGGGUCCUCCAGGCUUAUAAAAGCCGCGAAACUCAAACGAAAAAUUGGCAACGUUGCUCGAACCCACUACAUUACAUCCACGCCGCGACGCGAAAAGCUGUUCAAAUGAUUCGCGAUCGCGAGUUGAGUCAGAUCGCUCACUAGUCCGUUAGUCGCUAUUCUUGAUUCCUUCGCUAUUCAGUUAAGACGAAAACGUUCUUUCGAGUAGACGCUCAAUUUACGCGCCCAUUUAAUACGCGCAUAAUACCCAUUGUUUUUGUUUUGAUAACUUUUGUUUUGGAUUGUGAUUUUUCCAAGUUCUACGGAAAGCGGGACUGCCCGCAUCGAUAACGAAUUUAGAGCAAUUGAUGUGCUAAAGCAACAUAUCAUGGUUGCCGAAUUCGUUGGACGUGGCCAAAGUGGUUCUCCAGUAAACGGUGAAGUCCCCCAAUUAAAUUCCGGCCUUCCUAACGGACACAUAAGAGAAAUGUCCAUGUCAAGAGAAAUGUUGGCCACUAGUACUACUCCAGGUGCCGACCCCUAUGCCAUGCAAUCGGUGAAACACAAGGAUCUUUUCUCUCAACGCAAGCAGAGAGAAUUCACCCCCGACAACAAGAAAGAUGAUAAUUAUUGGGACAGACGACGAAGAAACAACGAGGCAGCUAAAAGGUCUCGUGAAAAACGCAGAUUUAAUGAUAUGGUUUUGGAACAGAGAGUUGUUGAGCUUACCAAAGAAAAUGCCAUUUUAAGGGCUCAACUAGAAGCUAUUAAAGAAGAAUAUGGAAUCUGCGGAGAAAAUGUUGUUUGCGUCGAGAAAGUACUGGCCAGUCUCCCGACUAAUGAACAAGUCCUUAGUCUCACAAAGCGUCAAAAAGUUUCCCAUCCCGGAGCUUCACCUAUACUUUUCGCGCCACAGAGUCCAGUCCCUACUCCAGUGAUUCACCAACCUUUGACUUCUCAACCAAUGUCGCACGCUCCUUUACCUUUGGAGCCAGCGUUCAGAGAACAUCCAGAAUAUCAUCCCUCAUAUCAAAUGCCUUACAGACAUCCUUCCCCUGGAGUAUUAAAUCUUUCUGCGAGAAGGCCCAGAGAUUCUCCGUCACCCUAUGAACUCUCCAGCACCUCUGGCGAUGAAGGGCCACCAAUCCAACCCGCACCUGCUGAACCUAAUAAUAGUCUACCUUUAAAACUCCGUCACAAAUCGCAUCUAGGAGAUAAAGAUGCAGCCACAGCCCUCUUGCAACUUCACAAUAUUAAACAAGAACCUUCCAGGGCUAGUCCACCCUGGGAUGGAGAAGGUUCUUCGGACGAAAGGGACUCUGGUAUAUCUUUGGGAGCCGAAUGGACAGCAUCACAGGCUGCGGCUACCUUACAAUCCCUUCAAAAAAGUUCUCAGAAUACCCAAGAGCCCAAAUCACAUCCUCUUCACUCUGAAAUUGUUAGAUUGACUUCGGAAGUGGAGCAACUAAAAUCGUUGAUGAAGGAGAAGGACGCUCGCCGCCACUAAGUUCUGUGAUUGCUCCAUAGGGGCUAUUUAUUUUAGGUUUAGUUAAUUUAUUUUGUUAGAUAAGUAACUCUCGAGUGACGAACUUUGCACAAAAUAUCUUCGCAGGGCUUUUAUCGUUCUAAAUUUGUCAGUGUACAUAUUCCUAAUUUCUAUUUGCAUAAUAUACUCUUUAUGCUCUAAUUAUAAGUAUAGUUCAAAAUCUUCGAUGGUUUUUUUUUUGUAGUUUUAUACAAAAUGUUAUGUUUGCGUAGUAACUAGCGAAAGUUAUGGUAUUAUUUAACUUGAUUUUAUUACUCUGACUUGUCAAUUUGAUUAUUGUUUUGCCUUUUCUAUAAUGUGUCUGUGGUAUAUCAUCACAUCUGGAUUUUACCCUAAUAAUCUAUUCUUGUUAUAGUAGGGAAUUAACGUACCUUAUAUAACUAGCUGAUGUAAGUAUGUGUGAUUUUUGUAACUAUUUAUCCUAUAGAUUAUUGAUGUAAUAAUUGUAUGUAUUUUUGUUACUUGCCAGUAAUCGCUGGCCACUUAAGUUAUCUCAUUAUUGUAUAAAUUUGAACCAAUAGUGUCGGUCCAUAUUAAUUCUUAGCUAGAAAAUAUCCUGUCAAAAUGGUCCGGCAGAUGAUAUUCACCCAUUAUCGAAGAAAAUAUCAAUAUAUUUUCAUAUUACCGUUUACUGUAUCCUAAUUAUAUUUACAAUAAAUAUUUGCAUCGUUUUCAAAAA